AUGACACUAGACAUCUUACCAUUACUUGAUGUUCAUCUGCAAAUAUCAAAACCUUAUAUCACCGAGACUCAACAACAACAACAAAAACAACAUUUAAUAAGACAAAGACAGAAUCCUAAUAUGACAUUGGAUGGAUAUAUGCUUAACCAUGAACUUAGAUUCAUCAAGAAGAUCGGUGCAGGUACAUAUGGGUUAAUCUAUUUAGUGGAAAAUAUUCAUACUGGUAGAACAUUUGCUGCAAAAAUGUUAUUAAAACAACCACCAUUUAAACAAGGAGACCCUAAGGAUUCUUCAGCUAAUAAGAAAAUCAUUCAAAAGACUUUUUAUUCAUAUUUCUUGGAUCAUCCAUGUCCACAACCUAAUCCAAUUAGAUUAGAUUAUAUUCAACAACAAGGACAUCAAUGUCAAUUCUUAAUGGAAAUCUCCUUACAUUUAAAAGUACAUCAUCAUCCAAAUGUCAUGUCAAUUCAUCAAGUGUUUGAUUUGGAUAAUUUUGCAAUUGUAAUCUUAUUAGAUUAUUUUGAACAAGGGGAUUUAUUUGGAAAUAUUAUUGAUAAACAAAUUUUCCAAAAUCAUCCAUAUGAUAAACAAUUAUUAAUGAAGAAUGCUAUGUUACAAUUAAUCGAUGCUGUUGAAUAUUGUCAUCAAAAUAGCGUAUAUCAUUGUGAUUUAAAACCCGAGAAUAUUAUGCUUCGUUAUAACCCCAACUACAAAAGACCAGCCAAUUCACCCAUAAUUGAUUAUAAUGAACUUCAUUUAGUAUUAAUUGACUUUGGUCUUGCCAUGUCAUCUGAUUUGAUUUGUUGUAAUGCAUGUCGUGGCUCUUCAUUCUAUAUGGCUCCUGAAAGAACAACCAAUUUUAAUACUCAUAAGGUUGUUAGAAAUUUAGUUGAUAUGUCACAAUAUCAUUCAGUUGAUGUUAAUAAUACUACUGUCAAUGCAUCUAAUUGUAAAUAUUUACCUACAUUAGCUGGAGAUAUUUGGUCAUUAGGAGUUUUAUUUAUAAAUAUUACUUGUGCUAGAAAUCCAUGGCCAAUUGCCUCAUUUAAUGAUAAUCAUAAUGAUGUAUUUACAAGUUAUAUUUUAAAUAAUAAUAAGGAUAUCUUAUCAGCAAUAUUACCAAUUUCAAAGAGUUUCAAUCGUUUAUUAGAUAGAAUCUUCAAAUUGAAUCCAAAUGAUAGAAUUUCAUUACCAAGUUUAUAUCAAGAAGUUAUUAGAUGUGAUUUCUUUAAUGAAACCACCGAAGAAAAACAGACUCAAGAACGUCGUCGUCAUAGUCAUCAUCAUCACAGUGGUCACAACCACCACCACCAUCAUCAUCACAGUAAAGUUGUUGAGCAACUUGAACAAAUUAAACAACCACUGCGUAAGAGUAAUCCACAAUUAUUCACUCCACCAGAAACAACCGGUUAUAAUUCAUAUGCAAGUGAAGAUGAAAACAACAUUGAUGAUCAAUAUUAUACUAGUGAAAAUCAAUCACGACAACAACAACAGGUUGAUAUUCAUAAGUAUUAUUAUGAAGAAACAAAACAAACAAAUUCAUAUACUACAUUACAUUCACAUUUACCGAAAUUCAAUUUGGAAACUCCAAGUAAUAGUAUUGUAUACUUGGAAUAG